CCUGGAAAGCAGCAUGCGCCUGAAGCCUCAUGAAGCACAGAGUUUCCGCAAGAAAGCGCUGUGGGUGUCCUGGGUGUCCAUAGUGGUCACCAUCGUCCUGGCCAUCGUUGCUUUCACUGUUUCCUUCAUGCGUCACAGUGCUUCAGCUUUUGGAUUUGCCUUUGAUGCCAUGCUGGACGUCUUGUCCUCCAUCAUUGUGGUGUGGCGAUACAGCAACGCCGCAGCGGUUCACUCAGCACACCGUGAAUACAUAGCCUGUGUUAUUCUGGGCGUGGUUUUUAUCCUGUCCUCCUUUUGCAUCAUGGGUAAAGCCAUCCAUGACCUGGCCACCAAGCUGCUACCUGAAGUG